AUGCGCCACCCCUGCCUCUCCUUCCCCCCACGCAUUGCCCCCUUCGCCUUUGCCCUCCUCCGAGGUACGCCCGCCCACCAGGUGGUCACUCCAAAACUGAACUCGCUGCUGGCUGCCUGCUGGUCCAUCCAUACCCUCUUCCUCACCUCCAUGGGUCCCAUCCCCUUAGAGCUCCUCCCCACCCUCUCACCUCACAGGCCUCCCCACCCUCUCACCUCACAGUCCUCCCCACCCCCUCACCUCAUAGUCCCCACCCUCUCACCUCAAUGUGCCACCCUCUCACCUCAACUCAACGUGCCACCCCCUCACCUCACAGUCCCCACCUUCUCACCUCAAUGUGCCACCCUCUCACCUCACAGCCCUCCCAACCCGCUCACCUAG